UUCAAAGGAACAGGAUCUAGUUUCCUUUUCAGCAGCAACUUAGAGAGGGUGCGAGGUGCAGGCAGAGCCCAGAACAUCGCCAGCUGCGGAGCAGAAGUCAGCUAGAGGGAAAGAGGCACCAUGGAAGACGAAGACAGACGGGACUUGAUCUCCACCCAGGAGCGACCUGCUGAUGGCGUCAUGGCCCCAGACUCUGGAGCACAGAGGAAUUACUGCAGCCGCGGAGCCGUUUACUCUGCUGUCUCCAUCUUGGUGGCCCUGCUGAUUGCCGGCCAGGCCGUCACCGUCUACUUCGUGUAUCAGCAGAGUGGCCAGAUCAGCAAACUGACCAAGACCUCCCAGAAUCUGCAGCUGGAGGCCAUGACCAGGAAACUCCCCCAAAGUGCCAAGCCAACUUCCAAGCUGAGGAUGGCCAAGUUCAGCAUGCCCAUGGUCAUGAGGGAGCUGCCACUCGCCCCGAAGGUGGACAUGACGCCCCUGGAGAACACGGCCAAGCUUAGCAACAGCACCCCGGAUCAAGUCAAACAUCUGCUGCUGCGGGCAGACCCCAGCAAGAUGUUCCCUGAGUUAAAGAACAACCUGAUGGAGAAUCUGAACCACCUGAAGAACACCAUGACAGACCGAGACUGGCAGUCCUUUGAAUCCUGGAUGCACAAGUGGCUGCUCUUUGAAAUGGCCAAAGCCCCACAAACUGUGCAACCUACUGAGAUCCCAGCAGAUGAAGUGCAAUCUAAGUGCCAGGCGGAAUCAAGUUUUAGUGGUGUCUACCCGGGUCGGUUCCGCCCCCAGUGUGACGAACAUGGUGACUAUCUUCCCAAGCAGUGCUAUUCCAGCACGGGGUACUGUUGGUGCGUCUACAAAAAUGGCACCAAGAUCGAAGGCACUGAGACCCGUGGAAAGCUGGACUGCCCUGUUACUCCGAGUGGUUUGGAAACCGAAGAACUGAUGUAUUCGGGUGUGGAUCUGCUGAAGCUGGAUUCUGGGAAAGAACCUGCCAAGUAGAAGAGGACGCAGAGGCCUGGCACCUUCUGUCUCUGCCUCCAGUUUGCAGAGUUACCGCUCACAUUCUUGCUCUAUUUCACUCACGCUUUUAAAUUGCUUUCCUGAAUUACAGCAGCAGCCGCUGAGUGCCUCUGUUCAGGCAUUGAGUAAUAUUGAUCGUCUUAGCAGGCGAUCCAAAUGGGUAGAUUAUAGAUCCUUGUCCGCCAAACCCAGUGCCUCUCCCUAUACCAAGAUGUGCUGUAGCAAGCCAGCAAAAUAUUAGGACUUUUAGUGGAGAAAGGAUGCCGUGCCCCCCUGAACUGCCAUCAAAGGCAGGCGAAGGAUAAAGCUCUUAGUGCUUUCUUGGCUAAUCAGAGCACAUUAGCAGCUGCAUGUAUAACCACAGGUGUCUGAAUAGCCAUGGGGCGUGUGCAGUACCACUGCUCCUGUAACAUCAGCACUGUCCAAUGGGAAGAGGGGAUCCAGUCCAAAACAUGGUCAAUUUCAAUUGAAUUAUCUCAGUGUAUUGUUAAUUAGAUACUCUGGACAUGAUCCUUCCCUCCCUUACAGCGGUGGAGCGCCAUUGACUUCAGUGGCGUUAUGUCCGGUUUACACCAGUAUAUGUGAGGAGAAUCAGGCCCUAUGUUCGCUUAUAUAUGGCUCUGAGGGUCUGGAUGAGUUCUCAAACCAUGGUCUUGGGAUGGUCAGCCACGGGUGCAGACUUGCCUGGUUGUUCCAAGAAAAAGAACCAAGUGUUUGUG